AUGGCGGUGUCUGGCUACCAGAAAUCACCAAAAUGGGUUUGCCCUGCCUACUCAUAUCAUAGACCCUUGGUUAUAUCAUCUGCCAGUGGGCUACCAUUUGCAAGUCUUAGAUAUGACCUUAACGACACAUCUCAGUUGUCCUCCACACCACUGCAGGUCCUGUUCUACCUCAACGGCUGGUAUUUUGCUGCCUACUUCCUUGCUGAGGGUCUGAUGUUUGUUUACAAAGGAUUGUUGUUACCAUACCCACCAGCUAGUCUCACGUUGGACGUUGGGCUACUACUUGUGUUCCUUGGCCUGGAGUCCCUCCGAAUAUUUUACGGUUGGAAGGGGAACUUAACAGAGCGUUCUCUGGCCAUGUCAGUGAGUGUGCUGGUCCUGGUGCCGUGCACAGUGCUGUCUGUGUACUACCUGAUGCUGCAGACAUUCGUCCUGCGCCUGGAGUUCAUCCUUAAUGCUGUGUUACUCUGCUUCUACAGUCUGGAGAUGCUGCUGGGAAUCAUGUCCAUAUCUGCUUUCUCCAGGUCAAAGGUGUACUAAGGAAGACGAAUGCUGUUCCCCAUCGUUUCAAGAGGAAUGGAAAAAAGGCUUUUCACCAUGAUUGUUAUGUGAACAUAUUUAAGUCCCACGUGUUGGGAGUUUUUCUAUUUUUCUAUUGUCUGUUAAUAGCCGAAUAUUUAUAUUUUUGUAACGAUGAAAUGUCUUCUAUUUUAUUUUUUACCUUUUUUUGUAUCAACUGUCAAUCUUGUAUGGUACUAGCAACACUAAUGGAAUUGUCUUAUGAGGUUAUUCCGUCUGCUGUGCCUGAUAAUGGAAUUGUCUUAUGAGGUUAUUCCAUCUGCUGUGCCUGAUAAUGGAAUUUAUUUGUACAUUUUUUGUUGUUGUUGAUGCAGAGCACUAUAUUUCAUUAUUAUUUACUUUAAUAAAUACAAUUCCUCAUUCGUUCAUUCACCAGAGGACUUUUUUCCUCAAGUAAUUUAUAUUCCUGAUUUGCUGAAUCCCAGCAGCAGCCUGUGGUUAAACCCAGAUCCUAAUUGCAUAGAACAGGGAUAUUGACCAAAUAUGUGUUGUUGAGCAGUCUGAAGAAACGUUGAUACAUUUUUGUCAGUCUCUCGA